CCUCUCUCUUGAUUUGAAACAACAGUUUAACUAGAGCUGAAAACCCCAAGUCGGUCAAACAGGAAUGAAUCAGAUGAACUCUGAGGAGUUGCGCUCUCUCCCUCCAAGACCACCCAAUUUACCUUCAACUUCGCCAAAAAGACGGUUUGUCAAACUUGGAAGGAAGACAAGUGAUGGCUCUCAGCUAUCAGUUACAUCCACCGGCAGUUCGUCCACAAGCAGAUCAGCUGAGGGUGUGGCCGUCAGACAGCCCAGCAAGAGCCGCAUCCGUCGCCAUACCAACCGCCUCUCAGGUGUCUUCCGUCGCCCAGCCUCCGGCUCCAGCUCCGGAUCCAUGGCCCUGACAGCGAGCCUCAGGACGUCGCUGUCCGUUCAGGCCAGGAAGGGCAGCAUGAACUCAACAGAUGCUCUUACUGCAGAGGAUCCUUUUGAGCUAUCCAAUCAGAUAACUGCUCCAGGAAUCCUGAAGAUCUUCGGGAGUGAAAUCUGUAAAGGGGCCCACUACAAGAGUGUCCUGGCCACCACACACUCCAGCGCAAAAGAGCUAGUCAAAGAGGCCCUUGAACGGUAUGGCCAGGCCAAGGAAGAGGCGGUAUCCUACGUCCUUUGUGACACCAUUGGCUCCAUUGGUGGGCAUCAGUGGAGAACAGAAGGGUUCCGAGUCGUGGGUGACAACGAGAAACCCCUCCUCCUGCAAUCACUAUGGAAACCUAGAGAGGGCCUGGCAAGACGGUUUGAAAUCCAGAGGAGAAGCUUGGUAGAGGAGGAGAGAUCCAAAGACAAAGACACCAUCACUGCUGGUAUCAAUGCCCAGGCUCGUAAGCUGCAGAAAAGCCGCUCCAGAGUGAACUCCACACUCAUAGAGAGGACUUCAGGGCGAAGCCACAAACUGUGGAGGAGCAAAAGUGAGAUGGACCUCUUAGAUUCUGAUACAGAGACCACACAGGACACAUGUCAUGAUACACGUCUCGAGGAUCAAAACAAGAAGCUGAAUCAAACUUCAAUGCAGAGUUUCCAGCGCCCGAAAGAAAGAAGACCAGAACAAAAUCACAUUCACUUGGCAGUUCUCUCAGAGGGGGACAGCGGGUCGCCGGCCAAAACAGAAACCCUCUGUCCGCCGAGGUCGAGGGGCGAGCGGGAAGGAGAGGAGUCUGAGAGGGAGGAGACGGAGAGCAGCGACGAUAACACCACACAGUACUCCAUUCACCCUCCUCUUGACUGUCCGUACCUGCUGCUGCUGCAGGGCUGCAGCCUCGCACAGGACUUUAUCAUCUACCUACUUGCAAGCCCAAAGAUUGUAAUGGGUCGACAAAGUGACCACGAAGACGCAUCAAAGCCAGACAUCCUCCUCUUUGCCCCAGACAUACUUCAGAAACACUGCUCUUUCCAUCGUCAUAGCACUGGCGGCCCCACCAUGCUCUGUCCUUGUCCAGACGCCGUGGUUAUGAGAAAUGGUGAAGUCCUGAGAAAAGAAGUACAUCUUAGCCCUGGUGACAUCAUUGGACUGGGACAGCGCUACCUGUUUCUCUUCAAGGAUCCCUUAGCUUUGAUGCACAAGGAAGUGAACAGCACUGCACCUGAACCUAGCUUGUCUGCGAUCCCCUGGCUGCUGGGUCACACCACUUCUGCCACUACAACAAGCCAUACAAGAGAAAUGAUACUCUGCAACACCUGCAUCUCAACCUGCACUGGCCCCCAGAGCCCAAGCAGCAAACAGAACCUGAACAGGGGCCCUCCGUUUCUAAAAUCACCCGAGGGCCACAGCUUGACUUUGAACUAUGAUACGGAACACGAGCAUCACAUUGUCAAAAGAAUUAUCGCUAUGGAAAGCAGCAAAGUUCAAGGGAGACCACCGCUGACUGUUUCACUGUUGCUGUGCAUGUGUGUUCAGUAUUCAUCCACGUGUCUUCAUACCUCAGACCUGCGCAGGCUUUUGCUGCUUAUUGCAAGCGGAGUUCAGAAUGCCAUGUGGGAGUACACUAAGGACCUAGCGGCAGUCCAACCUGAAGUUCUCAAUGGUGAAGGUUCAAACCCAGAAGAUCUGCUGCCUCUCAACCUAGAGGAGGUGAUCUCAGGACUGCGCCCUCUGGUGGUGUGGAUGUCAAACAGUCUAGAGUUGCUGCACUUCAUCCAGUACCAGUUGCCUCUUAUUCUGGAGUGGAGAACCCGAAAAGAGCGUGGACUGGAGGAUGAAGAAGAAAUGGAAGCAGAGAGGGAGGAGGUGGAGAACUUGGCCCUGUUGGAGCUACGUCUGUCCUGUGUCCGUUCAGCCAGUGAGGAGACAAUGGCCGUCCUGGAGGAGGUCAUCAUGCUUGCCUUCCAGCAGUGUGUUUACUACAUAACCAAGGUCCUGUACCCAAUCCUGCCAGGACUUCUGGACUGCAACCCGUUCAGGGAGAGUCCUGACUCACAGGUCCCUGGUGAGAUCGAGCAGGUUGUGGAGGUCCUAACUGAGACUCGGAGACUGCUAUCAGACUGUCAGCUUCACCCAGAGAUUUCCUCACAGCUCAUCGCUUAUGUCUUCUACUUCAUCAAUGCAUCGCUCUUCAACUCACUCAUGGAGAGAGGAUCAGAGCCAGGUUUCUACCAGUGGUCCAGAGGCGUUCGCAUGCGGGCCAAUCUUGAUCUGCUCCUGGACUGGGCCCAUGCAGCUGGACUGGGAGAACUGGCUUUGGAGAACACACACACUCUCUCGUCGGCUAUCAAUCUGCUGGCCACGCCUAGAAAGAAUUUACUACAGACAUCAUGGGCGUCCUUGCGAUCUGACCAUCCUGCCCUGAGGCCAGCCCAGUUGAACCACCUGCUGAGUCUUUACAGCCCCGCAUCUCCCUGCAGACACACCUGGGCUCCAUCUGCAUAUGACCAAGCAGCAGCAUAUAGAACUGCUGAGAUCCUGGAGAGUUUUGAUACCCACCAUCCUCUAGUGCUGCCAGAUGGGGGUUACCAGUUCCAAUUGAGAAGGGCAGUAACAGAUUUGGGCUUGAGGGAACAGCUGGAUAAGCUUCAAGAGUUCAUUUCCAGCCUCUGUGACUCACAAUCCAAUGAAGUCACAACUACUGGGGACCUCAAGGCUACUGUCCAGAACCACCCUACCUCUGCUGCCUUACCUCCAUCACCCCCAUCACCGUCAUCUCCCUCCUCAACCCAGUACCAUGAUGAGUUCAGCUCCUGCGGUGCCCUCCUUUUGUCCCAGAAGCUAAGGAAUCUGGAGCUGCAGACAAGACAGACGGACACCACUGAGAUGAGGAGGUCAGCACUGGACCCGUCCUGCCUCCUGACCCCACCCAACACCCCCCACACUAUAGAUCCUGUUGAUUUGGUGAAGGCAGACAAAGAUAAAUGGAUGAAGGCUGACAGUGAGUCGCUCCCCUGGUCCUCUGGAGUAGAUACACAUGAUGAAGGUGGUUUAGUGUUUGAAUGCCUGGCUGCACUGAAAGUAGACCGUUUGAAAUCAGAUUUGAAAUCAGAUUGCACCAGUAUGAAAAUAAUUGUUGAACUCAAAGAGGAAGAGGAGGAGCAGGAGGAGGAUGAAGAGGUAGACGACCAUUAUGAUGACAACAACGAUGAGGUCUUUAGUUUAGAGCUGGAGCGAGGAGAAAGAGGACUUGGUCUUGCUCUGGUUGACACAAGGGACACUAUGAUGAAAGUGAAAGGCAUCUUCAUCCGUGCAGUGGUCCCAGACUCUCCUGCAGCCCGGUGUGGGAAGCUGGCACCAGGAGACAGGAUCCUGGCUGUUAAUGGAGUCAGUCUGCUUGAACUUGACUACCAAAGUGGAAAGGAGCUGAUCCAAUCAUCAGGUGACAGACUGAGGUUACUGGUGGCCAGGUCUGACUGGAUGGCCAAGGUUAUAACGAGUGAAUGCUGACAGCAUUUCUCACUAUAUUUGCUAACCUUAGAGACUGUUAAUGCAUCACAAGUGCACUUAGA